AUGGAGGAGAUUUCAUUGGCCAACCUGGAUACUAACAAGCGAGAGGCCAUCGCGCAGGAGUUUGACAUAGACCUCAUAGAGGAUUCUUGUUUCACUCGGUCCCUAUUUCAUUUGGGGUUCUGCUUUGAGGUGCACCUGGCAGUCAAGUGUGGCCACUUCUUCUACCUGGAGUUCGCAGAGACUGGGAGCGUGAAGGAUUUUGGCAUUCUGCCCAUGGAAGACAAAGGCACGUGCCGCCUCCGGCUCUGCUCCCUUCCCGGAGAACCUGAGAAUGGGCUCGAUCAGCUGCUGCAGCGCUCACCUCCGGAAUUCAGUAGUUGCAACACGAAAGCCUCUGAGCGUGACCAGGACAACGGCAUAGACUGGUCCUAUGGUUUGGAGGAGUAA